CAUCAACUCGCGCGGCCUGGAGAGCUGAGCCGGGAAUACUACGGCGACGCCUCCAGAGCCCCUGGGCCUGGGCGGCGGCGCUCUGCCCCGGCUGAGCCCACUGCUGGCCCCGCGGCCACCCCAUCUCCUCUGGCGGGGCCGGUCCCCGCUGGCUGGGUGGCCCGGAACAGAGUUGCAGAAUCCAAAGAUCCCUUUUGUUCUUCCUCCAUAUUGCUUGAUGGGAGGCAUUAUGGCCCCCAAAGACAUCAUGACAAAUACCCAUGCUAAAUCCAUCCUCAACUCAAUGAACUCACUCAGAAAGAGCAAUACCCUCUGUGAUGUGACGCUGAGAGUAGAGCAGAAAGACUUUCCUGCCCAUCGGAUUGUGCUGGCUGCCUGCAGUGACUACUUUUGUGCCAUGUUCACUAGUGAGCUUUCAGAGAAAGGGAAACCUUAUGUUGAUAUCCAAGGUUUAACUGCCUCUACCAUGGAAAUCCUAUUGGACUUUGUGUACACAGAAACAGUACAUGUGACCGUGGAGAAUGUGCAAGAACUGCUCCCUGCAGCCUGUCUGCUUCAGCUGAAAGGUGUGAAGCAAGCCUGCUGUGAAUUCCUAGAAAGCCAGCUGGACCCUUCUAAUUGCCUGGGUAUCAGGGAUUUUGCUGAAACUCACAACUGUGUUGACUUGAUGCAGGCGGCUGAGGUUUUUAGCCAGAAGCAUUUUCCUGAAGUGGUACAGCAUGAAGAAUUCAUUCUUCUAAGUCAAGGAGAGGUGGAGAAGCUAAUCAAGUGUGAUGAAAUUCAGGUGGAUUCUGAAGAGCCAGUCUUCGAGGCUGUCAUCAACUGGGUGAAGCAUGCCAAGAAGGAGCGCGAAGAGUCCUUGCCUGACUUGCUGCAGUAUGUAAGGAUGCCCCUGCUGACCCCCAGGUACAUUACAGAUGUGAUAGAUACUGAGCCUUUCAUCCGCUGUAGCUUACAGUGCAGGGAUCUGGUCGAUGAAGCAAAGAAGUUUCAUCUGAGGCCUGAACUUCGGAGUCAAAUGCAGGGCCCACGGACAAGGGCUCGUCUAGGAGCCAAUGAAGUGCUCCUGGUGGUUGGGGGCUUUGGAAGCCAGCAGUCUCCCAUCGACGUGGUUGAGAAAUAUGACCCCAAGACUCAGGAGUGGAGCUUUUUGCCAAGCAUCACUCGCAAGAGACGUUACGUGGCCUCAGUUUCCCUACAUGACCGGAUCUAUGUAAUUGGUGGCUAUGAUGGCCGUUCCCGCCUCAGUUCAGUGGAAUGCCUGGACUACACAGCAGAUGAGGAUGGGGUCUGGUAUUCUGUGGCCCCGAUGAACGUCCGACGUGGCCUUGCUGGGGCUACCACCCUAGGAGAUAUGAUCUACGUCUCUGGAGGCUUUGAUGGAAGCAGGCGCCAUACCAGUAUGGAGCGAUAUGACCCAAACAUUGACCAGUGGAGUAUGCUGGGAGACAUGCAGACAGCGCGAGAGGGUGCUGGACUAGUAGUGGCCAGCGGGGUGAUCUACUGCCUAGGAGGAUAUGAUGGCUUGAAUAUCUUAAAUUCAGUUGAAAAAUAUGAUCCCCACACAGGACACUGGACUAAUGUUACACCAAUGGCCACCAAGCGUUCUGGUGCUGGAGUAGCCCUACUGAAUGACCAUAUUUAUGUGGUGGGGGGAUUUGAUGGCACAGCCCACCUUUCCUCUGUUGAGGCGUACAACAUUCGUACUGAUUCCUGGACAACUGUUACUAGUAUGACCACUCCACGGUGCUAUGUUGGAGCCACAGUGCUUCGGGGGAGACUGUAUGCAAUUGCAGGAUACGAUGGCAAUUCCUUGCUGAGUAGCAUUGAGUGCUAUGACCCUAUCAUUGACAGCUGGGAAGUGGUGACCUCCAUGGGAACCCAGCGUUGUGACGCUGGUGUGUGUGUUCUCCGAGAGAAGUGACCAUUGUUGGAGCACCAUCCAGAGCUAACGACUAGUUCAAGGGAUAGUUUGUGGGAAAAUCAAGGAUCCUAUCCAGAAUGUCUUACUCCACACUGUGUGUACAGAGUGAUUACAGGCACCAGUGCAGUGCUGAUUGUAUUCAUUUGACACAUACUCCUGCUCACACUGGCUAAGUCCCUCAGAAAGGUGGGUAACAGAUACUUAACAGAAGAGAGUGCACAGUGAAUGGGUGUAAGUGACUGGGUCCUUCUCCAUCUGACCUGGAGAACACCAUCCUUUGUUUAUAACUUCCCACACGCUUGGGAGAAUAUGUCUAUGUUGUGCCUCACAUAUUGCGGAGAAUGAUGUGAAUAGUGUCCACCCUGGAAAACUGGAAGGAUACUAGCUCAAGGCUGGUAUUUUUUUUUCCAGGAACAAAUAUCUUUCCUAAUGUACAGGUAGCUAGGGGCACUACAGUUUUAUUCUGAACGAAGAGGAGGGAGAUCCCCAUCAUAACUUGGGCACCAGGAGGAGAGAUUCAUGUGAUCCUCCCUUGGUGAUGGGGGACAGGGUUAGCAUAUCAGAACUGAGGUUAGAAUAAAUGACGUGAGCUGAAUUUGCUGGCAUGUGAAUGAAGCUGAAACACCACUGAAGUAUAACCUAGGAGCCUGAGGAAGACAUAUUAUUGGAAGGAUCUUUUCAUUUCCCCAAGGUCUGUCUAAAGUAGAGUAUUACACAUCUUGGCACUGAAAACCAUGAGAGAAUAACACAGUGAACAAAUGCUGGGAUGAGAGAAGAUGGCAUAAGCAUAAGUUCAAAAUGGCCUGGGGAUUAACUAGAAUUACCUGUGAUUUUACAAUUGUCUUAUUCCCUGCUAGGGCUCAUGUAGCCCUAGCGGUGUUUGUCUUGAAUGGGUGGAAGCCUGUCUGUCUUUGUUGAACAAAUACUACUACACCGGUACACUUACUAUUUAUUUGGGGAUGGGGUGGGAGUGGCAGCAGCUACCUGAUUACUGCCCCACUUUUUUCAAGGGCACAAUUCUGGUAAAGAGUGAUUUUUACUGCUAUGUUUGGUGCAUUUAGUUUCUUUCCAGUUAUUUCCAGCACCUCUGCUGUUGUAUACUGCGCUCUCCUGUGUCAUAGAGUGAAGUUCUUGUUUUCUGGGUACUGCAAGUGUGGGAAUGUGAUGACCUGAACAAGGAUGCACUUUCCCUUUGCUCUGGAACUCCCAUUUUUUCCUUUCUCUGAGUUGUAUUAACUGACAGAGUUCAUUUCCUUUGUAUUUUUUUAAGAAAAUAUUAAAAUGGUCUCAGAUACCUUUAA